AUGUUUAAUAGGGCCUUUCUAUCGUUGAAAGAUUCCAUCAGAGAUCCUAAUUUAAAAGUAGAAGAAGAUGAUCUAACUGUCACCAUUAAAGAUAAAUUUCCUAAAGCUAAGCAUCAUUAUUUAAUCAUGCCUAAGGAUGAUAUUAACAAUAUACAACAAUUACGAGCUGAUCAACAUCUACAUCUUGUAAAACAUUUACACCAACGUGCACAGGAGCUGAUCGACAGAAUUCAAGGGAAAAAUGAUGAUCAAGGCAAGCUGGAAUUUAGAAUCGGCUAUCAUGCUAUACCAAGUAUGACUCCAUUGCAUGUUCAUGUCAUCAGUCAAGAUUUCAAUUCAGAUUGUUUAAAGACUAAAAAACAUUGGAAUUCAUUUACGACAUCCUUCUUUUUGCUUUCAACCAAUAUUAUACAAGAACUGGAAAGGAAAAAAUCCAUUAGCUUAAAUAAGGAAUUAUAUCAAUCUUUUCUUGCUUCACCUUUGCAAUGUCAUAAGUGCAAAUAUAGUCCCAAGCAUAUGCCAGAUCUUAAGCAACAUUUAAAGUCCCAGCAUGCAUAG